AUGAAGGCCCAGAUACUCUUCGGAUACCCAGCCGCCGCCAUCUGUCUCGCCCUUACUGCCUCCGCACAUUCAAGGCCCCUCUCCUCCUUCCUCAAAUCACUUCACAUCCGCGGGAAUCAGUCCCCGCUCACGGAUCCUCCAAACAUCGCCAUGCCUCCCACAAACGACGACAAGUCCUCGCCGGAGAUGUCGGCUGGUAUCAUAAUAUCCGACGUGAUGGGAAAGACUCAGGAUAUCGCCAUCUUCAGCGGCCUUACUCGAGACAUCGACUCCGUAUCCGAGCGGUUGGACGAUGCUUCACAGAAUGCUACCGUUCUCGCGCCCGACAACGGCGCUAUGAGGAGUCUGCCCCGGAAGCCCUGGGAGGACCCGAAAGAGUACAACGCUCUGGGGGAGAAUGCAUACAAAGGCGAAGCGGGCGAGGACCGCGCGCAUCGUAAUAUGCGACGGUUCGUAGAGGCACAUAUUGUACCGGAGAGUCCGUGGACGGAGCACCACAAAGUCCAGACGCUGAAUGGAAACACUAUUUGGUACGAGAGCAAAGGGGGGAAGAAGAUGGUAUGCCUAGUAAUUCAACCCGGUAAUAUCGAAGUUCUUAGUAUUGCUGAUAAAGUUGGCAACGGCGAGGUAUGGAUAUUGAAGAACGUUACCAUCCCCCAGCUUGCAAGAUAUCCAGUGUCUAGUACUCCGCGUUCUACAGACAUCAUCUUCCUAAAUCUUGCAUUUCCUUUUCAGCUCGAGGCAUCCAAGAUUCUCGUGUUGCAAAGCAGCAUUGAUAAGCCGCAUACGGCCAGACCUGACCAAUACCAGCAACCCCAUCCUCUCGACCAUCUAACAGCCAUGACAACUGAUGGACAGGACCUGCUUAUCUGCUACACCUGCGGUACACAGUUCGAUGUGCCGUUGCAGUUCGGCUCGCCUCUAAAAGGCUGUCGUAUUUGUGAGGAUCCGCGACAAUAUGUCCCUCCUGGAGGCCAAGUCUGGACCACUUUGGGGCAGUUGAAGGGGAAGCAUGAGAAUUUCUUUGAGCAGGACCCUACAAAUGAGAAGAUCUCAUUCAUAACUACCGAGCCGAAGUGCGGUAUUGGAGAACGAGCUAUACUCCUUCAGACCCCAAACGGCAACGUCCUCUGGGAUCUCAUCGCCUUCAUCGACCAGAAAACCAUCGACUUCAUCACAUCCAAAGGCGGCCUCUCCGCCAUUGUAAUCUCUCACCCACACUUCUACACCACGCACCUCGAAUGGGCCAGGAUCUUUAAUUGUCCCGUCUACGUCGCAGCCGAAGACUCACAAUGGCUGAACCGCGCCGACCAUCUCAAUGCACGCCGCCUCAUUGAAGGGCCGACUGAAACAAUCGUACCGGAUGUCACGGCCGUUAAAGUAGGGGGGCACUUCGAUGGUAGUAUGGUGCUGCAUUGGGACAAGAAGUUGUUCAUUGCGGAUUCAAUGUAUACGGUGCCGUCUGCGCAAACUCCUUCUCCCCGCCAGUCCGGAACAUCUAGCUACUCUUUCAUGUGGUCUAUCCCCAAUAUGAUCCCGCUACCUCCUUCCAAGAUCCAUGAUAUCUGGAAAGCACUUCAGCCGCUCGAGUUCGAGGCUACCUAUGGUGGUUUCACGGGACAGGAUGUCAGAGGCUCGGAUGUUAAGAAGAGGGUGCUAGAGAGCAUGCAGAUUCAGGUGAAGAGCUCUGGGCACCCUGAGCAUAGUCUGUUGCUAGAGAAGGUAACGUAGGGAUGUUGAGGGGGUUUGGGAACAUGGAAGUGCGUUGUGGGUAGUCUGUUAGAACCUUCAAUCGAUGAGUACGGCAUUUUUGUUCAAAGGGUAGGUAUUAUCUUAUCAGAGUCAUCCCUUACCUUCCCCAGACUCCACACAAAUAAAUCUCUAGCCAG